AUGCUGGGACACGCGACCGAGGGAUGCGCUGCCCUAAAGGACCAAAUAGAGCAGCUGAUCAGGAAGGGCUACCUCAGUCAAUACGUUUAUCGACCAGACUGGAGACGAUCCCCCCAAGACAAUUCGGGAAGGCAAAGGAGCCGCAACCCUCAGACGCCACACCAAGCAAUCGACAGGCGAAAUGUCGAGCCACCUCCAAGAAACUCGAUAUUCAGGGUUAUUGACACCAUCUCUGGAGGCUUCACAGGCGGAGGAGAAUCAAGCUCGGCAAGAAAACAACAUCUCCGGGCGGUGAUGUCCAUAAACAACACCGAAAAGAAACCAAGAAGAAUUCCCCACCACCCCAUGAUCUCCUUCACAGAAGAGGAUUUCAAAGGUAUCAACCAAAACCUCAACGAUCCCAUGGUAAUCUCGGUUGUCACCGCCAACUUCUGGGUGAAGAAAGUUCUUAUAGAUCAGGGAAGCUCGGCCGACCUGAUGUACUUAUCGGUCCUAAAAAAGAUGAGAAUCCCUGAAGGGAAACUAAAACCAUUUGACGAAAACCUAAUCAGUUUUUCAGGGGAACAGGUAGGCGUCAGGGGCUACAUCGACUUCCCAACUUCAUUUAGGACAGCUCCCCUCGUCAAGACAAUCUACAUCCGAUACCUAGUCAUUGACUGUCAAACACCAUACAACGUGUUGCUUGGCCGCCCUUCUCUCAACAAAAUAGGCGCAGUAGUGUCUACUCCCUACCUAACUAUGAAGUUCCCAGUAAUAGACACCAAGGUCGGAACCAUUCACGUCGACCAAAAAGAGGCUCGACAAUGUUACCACGACAGUCUCUAG